CCGCGAAGUUCAUAACAAAGAUUUGGAUUUGGAUCAUAAAGAAUACAUGCUCUCUGACUGAUUGUGCUCCAAAAUGGCAGGAUUUGAUGAUCCAGGAAUCUUUUUCUCUGACAAUUUUGGAUCAGAAGAUCAACCUGAUGAUGGCAGGAUUAAUCGAGCAGCCUUGCAACGUCGUUUCAAAGACUUUCUUCGAAAGUUUCAUGAUGCAAACUUUUCCUACAAAUACCGAGAUGAGCUUAAGCGACAUUACAACUUGGGUCACUACUUCUUGGAGAUCAGCCUUGAUGAUUUGGCAAGCUUUGAUGAAGAUUUGGCUGACCAAUUACAAAAACAACCAGCUGAAUACCUUCCAUUGUUUGAGGAAGCAGCUAAAGAAACCGCUGAUGAAGUGACAAGACCCAGGCCUGAAGAAGAUGAAGAUGUCCAAGAUAUUCAGAUCAUGCUCAAAUCUGAAGCAAACCCCAUCCCAAUCAGGAACCUGAAAUCUGAAGAGGUUUCAAAGCUUAUCAAGAUUCCAGGUAUUGUAAUUGCUGCAUCAGCAAUACGUGCUAAGGCGACCCGCAUCACCAUCCAGUGUCGUAGCUGCAGGAACUAUGUACCUAAUCUAACUCUAAAGCCCGGGCUAGAGGGUUACACCAUGCCUCGUAAAUGCAACACUGACCAGGCAGGAAGACCAAAGUGCCCAUUGGAUCCAUUCUUUAUUGUACCAGACAAGUGUAAGUGUGUUGACUUUCAGAUUUUGAAGCUUCAGGAGGCUCCUGAGGAUGUACCCAACGGUGAGAUGCCAAGACAUUUACAACUAUUCUGUGACAGGUAUUUGUGUGAGAAGGUCGUUCCUGGUAACAGAGUGACCAUCAUUGGAGUCUAUUCCAUUAAGAAGGCUGGACCAGUUUCCAAGCGUACACGUAAGAACAAGGUAGCAGUAGGAAUCCGUAACCCUUACAUUCGUGUUGUUGGUAUUGAAGUUGAUCAGGAAGGGUUAGGAAGGACUAGUGCUGCCCAUCAGGUUACUCCUCAAGAAGAAGAAGAGUUCAGACGUCUUUCUGCCAAUCCUAAUAUCUAUGACAUCAUCGCUCGUAGUAUUGCACCCUCUAUCUAUGGAAGUAUAGAUGUAAAGAAGGCAAUCUCGUGUCUCUUGUUUGGCGGAUCCCGUAAGCGUCUUCCUGAUGGUCUGAUACGCCGUGGUGACAUCAAUCUCCUGUUGCUAGGUGACCCUGGUACAGCUAAGAGUCAGCUUCUCAAGUUUGUAGAGAAGGUCUCUCCUAUUGGGGUUUACACAUCGGGCAAAGGAAGCAGUGCUGCUGGUCUUACUGCAUCAGUUAUGAGGGAUCCAGCAACACGAAACUUCAUCAUGGAAGGUGGUGCUAUGGUGUUGGCAGACGGCGGUGUCGUUUGUAUUGACGAGUUUGACAAGAUGAGAGAGGAUGAUCGUGUAGCUAUUCAUGAGGCUAUGGAACAACAAACUAUAUCCAUUGCCAAGGCAGGGAUUACCACUACAUUGAACUCAAGGGCAUCGGUUCUUGCAGCAGCCAACUCAGUGUUUGGAAGAUGGGAUGAUACUAAAGGGGAUGAGAACAUAGACUUCAUGCCUACCAUCCUGUCUCGUUUUGACAUGAUCUUCAUUGUAAAAGAUGAGCAUGAUGAAGCUAGAGAUAUGAGACUAGCCAAGCAUGUGAUGGGUGUACACAUGAAUGCACAGGUUACUGCUCAGGCUCAAGAGGGAGAAUUAAGCCUCAAUUUCCUCAAGAAAUACAUUGGAUUCAUUCGCAACAAAUGUGGACCACGCAUAUCUAAUGCUGCUGCUGACAAACUGAAGAAUCGUUACGUCUUGAUGAGAAGUGGAGCUAGAGAUCAUGAGAUGGAGACUGAUAAGAAGACAAGCAUACCAAUCACUGUCAGGCAACUUGAAGCCAUCAUCCGUAUAUCAGAAUCCCUUGCUAAGAUGAAGCUGAAACCUUUUGCCAGUGAGGAAGAUGUAGAUGAAGCGUUAAGACUCUUCCAGGUUUCUACACUAGAUGCUGCUAGGACUGGAAACCUAUCUGGUGUUGAAGGUUUUACAACCCAAGAGGAUCAAGAUGAGUUGAAUCAUAUUGAAAGACAGCUGAAGAGGAGGUUUGCCAUUGGCUCUCAGGUUUCAGAACAUUGUAUCAUCCAAGACUUCCUUAGACAGAAAUACCCGGAACGUUCCAUCCAGAAGGUGAUAUACCUUAUGAUGCGCAGAGGUGAGGUCCAGUAUCGAAUGCAACGAAAGAUGCUCUACCGUAUCAAGUGAAUAUAACCUCUACAGCCAUCUUAACCCUAAUACAUGGAGUCCUUGAGAGGUCUAUUUCACAAAGCAGGUCUCAGCUUAAAAACAUCCUAGGGAAACAAUUUGCCCGCCUUGGGUGAAGUUGACCUCUUAAAUGCCCUUAUAAACCCAGCAAAAACUUUAAAGAGAGCCCUGUAAUUCCUAUUGUUCCGAUGUAGCAAGUUAGGGCACAUGGAAAUUACCUGCUACACAUUAGUAUGACUGCAUGAUAUUGCAUAUCUAGGUAUUCAAUUACCUACAGCUGUAACAACCACGAUAUAGUGAUAUAUAGUCCCCAAGGAAUGAAUAUAAACAAUGUUAUGCUGUGCUCACAUACAAUUUGUGGAAAUGGGGAAAUAUAAUAUUGGGGGUAUGACAUUUGCCUGGAACUUUGGUCUUAUACCAGGUAUAUUUACAAGUGGUAUUGAAUUAUUCAUCAAAAAUCUUUGCUUCUAUUUCCUUGAUACAGUCGAUUACAAUGAUAUUGCUAUUUUGAUACUGACUAAACUAUUCAAUAUCUCAUUUUUGUGUAAAUGUGUAUAGCAUAGUGUUUAUAUUUAUGAAAAAAUAUUAACUUUACCAGUAUUUCUUGGUAGAGAAAAUUUCACCAAAUAGAAAUUGAAUCGAUGUGAUUGAUACAUUGAGUUUCAGACUCUUCAGUCCACAUUAUUCUUAUCAAGUCAUAUUUGGUUUCUCAUGCACUAUUAAACCAAAAAGUUGGAAUCCGUUCUUGAGAAUGUUUUAUGUUGUCAUUUUAAAGUCAUGCAUAAAGUGACAAACAAUUGGAAAAUGACUGGUAUGAUUAUGACCGAGAAUGAAUGACAAAUCAUGAGGUAAAAAACUUAUAUUUUAACAAACUACAAAUAAUUCAGUUCAUAUUUUUACCAAGAAUUAUGCUUUGCAGUAAAACUGAAUGUCUUAUAUCUUCUUAUUCUAAUUUAAGCUAAUCUAAUGCAUGAUAAAUAAGAAACUUUUGCUUCUUAUGUUUAACAAAUCUCUACUCCUUAACAAUAGAUUAUUUUUUGUUGAUUCACUUUGAGAAAGAAUUACUUGUGGAUGCCACUCUGGCUCAUGUCAGAUGAAUUGUGUUUUAUUAAUGUAAUAAAGUCUACUUUGUGUGUAGCAUUUUGUAAAAUA